ACUUCUCUCUCUUACUCUUUUUUUUUCACACACAGUCUCUCUCUCUCUCUCUCUCUAACUAGAUAAUCUCACCGGAGGUAAAUUAAUAUGGAGCAUAAAGUGGCCGGCCGCGUGGUCCCGAGCACGGUGACUCAGUCCCAAACGACGUCGCUCUAUAGUAGCUGCGGCGAUAUGAAGCGAAGCCCCUCGGAAUUGGCUCUACAGGAGUUUCUCAUCCUAACAAACGAGAACGAGGAGGAGAAAAUCGGCGAUUUGAGAAAUCAAAGGGACAGAUUUUUCUCCGAAACCGAGGGGUUUUUCGGCGAUGUUUAUUCUGUCGAUUUUAGCUGCGGUUUUAAAAAUCGGGAUUUCAUGAAUGGAUUCUCAAGCGGUGAACUGAUUGAAACCCUUAUGUGCUCUCCAAAUCCAACAACCAAGAAUUCCAGCAUCUCCGUAACCAUGGAUUCACAGUCAUCAAUAUGUGUGGGUAGUCCAAUAUCAGCCAAUAAACCAAAAGACAGAGAUGAUAACCAAGCAGCAGGAGCUACCAGUACUGGUUCCUCUCGUGAACCUUCGGAUGAUGAAGAUGUUGAGAUAGAAGCUGGUCCAUGUGAACAGAGCACUAAACCUGUUGAUGUCAAGCGCUAUAAAAGGAUGGUUUCAAAUCGGGAGUCUGCUAGGCGAUCCAGAAAGAGGAGACAAGCACAUCUGGCAGAACUUGAGUCCCAGUGUGUUGUGGUUAUAAAAAGCAUAUUACUUACUUCUUUCAAUACGAGAAUGUUUUGUUUUCAGGUUGAACAACUGAGAGAAGAAAAUUCAACUCUAUUCAAGCACUUUACAGAUGCUGCUCAUCAGUACCGUGAUGCUGACACAAAUAACCGAGUACUAAAAUCGAAUGUGGAAGCUAUGAGAGCCAAGGUGAAGUUAGCAGAAGAUAUGGUUGCUAGAGGCUCCUUAACCUGUAAUCUCAAUCAACUUAUUCAAACUCAUUUGACUACACCACAACAGCUUGGUACUCCUAGUCUUCGUAGGGCAGCACACGUGUCACCAACCAUCAACGUCCCUGGAGACCACGACGGUUCGUUUUCUGGAAUCACAGGGCAGAGUAAUUCAGCCCUUGGACUUGGAAACUCCAAUAUCAACAAUAACAGUGUCAAUUCCACAAUCAUGAAUAAUGAUAAUAUAAGCUGUGUUUCCGAUAUUUCUCUCUGCUUCAACUAGGAUAUACUUCUGUGUUAUAUGCCUUAGGCAGGUUCAGUUGUUGUUAAUGUUGUUGUUGUUGUUGUUUUAGAUUUUCUAGUUUUGUUUUAGUGGUGGUUUUGUUUGUCCUGUAUUUUAUAGUAAUUAGUGAAGUACAAAAACUUUGUUGCUUUUUAGUGGUUUUUAUUUAUAGAUGGUGGUGAUUCAUGGAUCCAAGAAGUGUUUGGAUCAGAGUUGUUUGGGACAUCCUUGAGGCUUUCCCUGCUGGCUUUUUAAGUGUUUAUAAAACCAGCCUACUAGAAAGUAGACAUGGUUCCAGAAUUUCUGAAAGGCAGUUAAUUUUCUUUUUAAAAAAAAUUGAUUUGUCUA